AUGCCGAAACGCCCAAAGACGCCACCUCCUGCGGAUGACGAGCCAAAAUAUCUGAGCGUCGUUCACCCAUAUCCCAAGACGCAUCCGAACAUGGAGCUUGAGCACGACCAGAUUCGAGUCUGCUUUUGGCUGGCGUGUUGCAUCGGGGGAAAUCCUCGGCUUCACGACUACCCUUUACGGGCCCUCUACUAUAGACCGAAGUCUGGAGGCAUCCUCAUCAUUGAAGUCAGUCGAGACUUUGAAAACUGGAACGGUCUACUCGGAAAGCACCAGUGGAGUGACUUCGUGAUGGAGCCCACUACCGAAGAGCGGGACAAGUACUCGAGCAUCUUCUACUGUACGUACAACCGUGGGCGAGAUGUGCAGAAAGCAGGUUGGAAGCGGAUUGAUGUCCAGCCGGGUUGGUACAACGGAUGGUCUGCGCACAACCAGAAGAUCCGAUGGCCGUAUCCGAAAACUGGAUGGUGUGAACUCCCAAAAGCAAACAUGAACGAUCCUAAUCAGCCUCAACUAUGCCGCCCGCUUCCCGCGAAGGACUUUAAGCCCCCACCCAAAGCCGCGAUACCGGCAGUUGGAUCUCCCGCAUGGCAUGAGUGGAAGAAGACAGGUGUCCUUCCCGCUGGUCCAAAACAGAAGCAGGCAGCCGCUCCCAUCCUCUCGGGUGCUUGGGGUCAAGGAAAGCCGCGUGUAACUGCGACCACGGCGUCCACUCCCUCCGUGUCUUCAGUGGCAUCUCCUCCUAAUGAUCCAUGGAGCACCUCGGCACCUCCCGGGCUUGCCUCGCCACUUGGACCUCCUCCUGGUCUGAACACCCAGUCUCACAAGACGCCUACUCCAGAGCUUAGCUCUGGAAGCAGCACAUCUUCUGGCGGUCGCACCGCCUCCUCCGGUGCAAAGCAGCUCGUACCGAAAGCUGCGGACAGCAAGUUCGACUGGGCUGAAGAGAUGGAAAACGAAUCGAAGUACGGACCUGCAUCAUAUGGAGAUUCCUUGAUAACUGGCUACGCUCCGUCGUCCCGCGCGGUUUCCCACAGCAGCUAUGUCACUUCUCCCGACGCAGCGGACGAAGCCGACUACAUCGACGAAUAUGAAGAGGAUGAUGAUAUGCCCAAAGUCGCCAAUGUCUCGCGGGCGAUGCGUGGAUUGAGUCUCGGCUCUGCCGCACCGGUUGCCUCCAGCCUCAUUCAAACCCCGAUUGGCGCUCCGGACGACGAUGAAGAUCCACCAGAGAACCUUUGGGCCGAUGCGAACGAGCCCAAGACGCAGGUUCUGUGGUGGAGGGGGAACUGCCCUGAGCAUGGACCCGUGUGCCCGAAAGGUAUAUGCAAGGUGUACAAGGCGAUGAAGAAGCAGAAGGAGAGGGAGGAGAGGGAGGCAAUAGAGGCGAAGAAUGGGACUUCGACGCGCGGUGGUAAUGGUCGCGGCAAGCCCCGCGACAAGAAGCCGAAGCCUAGCGAACGCGAGAACUGGAUUCGUCCUCAAGUUCGCCCCCAAGAUCGUUCGCAGAGUCAUUCAUCUGGGCCGUCGCCCAUACCCAGUCGUUCGACAUCUACAAACCCUGCACUGGCUGCUGAUGCUGCGCGACCAUCCAAGCUUCCGGGCGCUUCUGGCUGGGGCAACGAAGUUCCAGAUGGAUGGGGAGAUUGGGAUGCAGGCGACGGCGACGAUAAGUCCGUUGCAAGCUCAGCACAUACUGCAUGGGGUAACAGUGGCGGGCAAGAUGAUGAUGAUGCUCGCAGUGUGGCCAGCGCGGCUACCCAGCGUACGCAAUCCACAUCUGGCUGGGGAAAGGUCAGCGUUUCGGGCAUGCCUUGGGGUCAAGCGGCUUCUUCUGCGAAGAAUGCAUCCGCUCGUGGUGGUCCUGUUGAAGACGACGAUGCUCGCAGUGUUGCGAGUGUGGCUACUGCACGAUCGCAGUCGACCACUGGCUGGAGCAGCGUCGAUGUCGGUAGUAUGCCGUGGGGUGGCGCGGCAUCGAACAACGCACCUGCGCGCGGUUUUGCUCGUGGAGGUGGGCGGGGUAACGCUCGUGGUGGCCGAGGAGGGGAUGCCUGGGGCGGUCGCGGCCGCGGUACUGGUCGUGGAGGUCGUGAAGGGAACGCGCAGCCCGGUGGGCCUCCAGCAGCACCUCAGACCCCAGUUGUAAAGCCGAAGACUCAAUGGGCGGCACCCGUGGGUGAGGAUGAUUGGGGCCCACCCAUUCAAGCUUCUGACCCGUGGUGA